GUGACCAUAUCAGGCCAUGACCAAAAGCUGGUGAAGGUAAGAGAGGAACUUGAAUACUCUCGUCAAACCUUCCAACGACUCAACACUGGUAAGAGCCAUUUGGAUGUCCUAGCAGCCAUUGAACAUAAUAACAAUAGAGUGGGACUUGGCUUUACACCUACCAUGUUUGUGCGUCCUUCAGAGGAAACAGGUAAGUCUGAUUUGAAAUCAUCGCCUAAAGCUGUUAAGAAAUCGAAACAACGAAGGCGUAGAUAUGUUUGUCAUUAUUGUCAUGCCCCUGGGCACAUUAGACCUUUCUGCUAUAAGUUGCAUUCAUUUGAUAGGUCUUUUGAAUCAGGAGUGUCGUCUGCAUCUCGAAAUUCGUCCAAAAAUCACGUAACUAGAACUAAAGAGAACUUUUUUUGGGUACCAAAAUCUGAGUUGAAAUGCAAUGUUAUUCAUACCUCUUUGAAGUCUAAUAUUGUAGGUUCAUGGUACUUUGAUAGCGGGUGUUCGCGGCACAUGACCGGCACUCGUGACUUCUUGUGCGAUAUAGAAUCAUAUGAAG